AAACUAUUUUCAGACCAUCACAUAAGGUAAGGUAGGAUAUUUCUCGCGGUUUGACUGCCGCUAGUGAUCUAUAUAAUUUGUGUUCUUUUUCGGCGAAAAUACAGUGAAUUGCAUAAUCUGCUUAUUAAUUCAAAAAAGUGACUUUACUGACGAUUUUGUGCUUCAAAAAUUACACACAGGUGAACAUGGAAUAAAAUGGAUGUUCAAGUAAACGCCCAACUGCGGAAGACGGAGAAGUGUCUCACUCCCUUCAAUGUCGGUGCAUUACACUAAUUUGAGUUUUUGUUGAAAAAGGUUUUGUUGUGUUUUAAUUUUAAUCUUAUGAUUGAAAUUAUUGUUAGAAUUGUGAAAUUCUUCUAGAAUCAUUGUAGUUGUUCGGGCCUACAUAGUUAAAUCAAAUACAAGUGUAAAAUACCUGAAGUGAUAAAAGCUUUUACGAAGCAUUCGCUCUAGCCUGACUGUUCAUUUCAAGAUCAUUUCAACUGGAUUUGUGCAUUACGUGAAUAUAGAAGAAUUAAUUUAAUUAUUGAUUUUUUCAACAUUUCUACUAAGAGUUAAAUGAAAUUUAUUGAUUAUCACUUGAAUUUGUUGUUUAGGCUAAGGCCUAGGUGGUUCAGGCCUACCUAGCCUAGGCCUGGUUAUUUCAUAUAGAUAUAUUGAUAAUCAAAUUUCAAGUUCUGUCUCAAAUACUUACCGAAUCUAUAACAAACGGAUGACGGCUUAUCAAAUUGGCCCCCUUGUAGGCCUAGAAUUAUAAGUAAUCUUAUAAAUAAUUAUUCAAUAACAGUUAGGCCUACGUUCAUUUCUACUGUCGGAUGUCUUAGUGUUGGUGUUGUGUGAUUAUUUUGUUUAAAACAUUAAAUGAUAGGAUCAAAUAUUUUAUAAUACGUGAGCAUCAUGUCUUCUGGUGCCUUUGUGGAUAGAAUUGAUCCGUUUGCCAAACGUUCAAUGAAGAAGAAGACGAAAAAACCUCAAGGAUCGUCAAGAUACCGUACUGAGCAGGAUGUAGAACUCCAGCCUCUUGCACUUCUCAAAGAUGUGCCAACCUGUGAGCAGGAGGACCUGUUCAUCAGGAAGCUGCGCCAAUGCUGUGUGUCGUUCGACUUCAUGGACCCGAUGGCCGACCUGAAGGGCAAGGAGAUGAAACGCAGUACACUCAACGAGUUGGUCGAACACGUCACCAACGGCCGCGGUGUCCUCACCGAGCCCGUCUAUCCGGAGGUUAUCAAAAUGAUCUCAGCCAACUUAUUCCGGACACUGCCUCCUAGUGAGAACCCUGAUUUUGACCCCGAAGAAGAUGAUCCUACAUUAGAAGCCUCGUGGCCGCACUUGACUUUGGUAUACGAAUUGUUUCUCCGAUUUCUUGAAUCAUCGGAUUUCCAACCAGCGAUUGGCAAAAAAGUUAUAGACCAAAAAUUUGUAUUACAGUUGCUUGACCUAUUCGAUAGUGAAGAUCCCAGAGAAAGAGAUUUCUUGAAGACAGUACUCCAUCGUAUUUAUGGGAAAUUCCUUGGACUGCGUGCUUUCAUUCGUAAACAAAUCAAUAAUAUAUUUCUCAGGAUAAUAUAUAAUGUAAAAGAUUGUCUGAUGGAUGUAUGCAUUUUUGUUUGCAGUAUUAUUAAUGGUUUUGCAUUACCGCUGAAGUCAGAGCACAAACAGUUCCUGGUUAAGGUGUUGAUCCCGCUGCACAAGGUGAAGUGUCUGUCGAUGUAUCACGCGCAGUUGGCCUACUGUGUCGUUCAGUUCCUCGAGAAGGACUCCACGCUCACCGAACCAGUCAUCAGAGGUCUGCUCAAGUAUUGGCCGAAAACAUGCAGUCAAAAGGAGGUGAUGUUUCUCGGUGAAAUAGAAGAAAUUUUAGAUGUAAUAGAACCUUUGCAAUUUUUUAAGAUUCAAGAACCAUUAUUUAGGCAAAUCGCUCGCUGCGUAUCAAGUCCUCAUUUCCAGAUCAAAAAACUGUUUGACGACCUGACAGCAUCCUACAAAGCUGAACGACAAAAAGAGAAAAAGCGAGAAAAAGAGAGAGAUGAGCUAUGGAAGAGACUUUCAGAACUGGAAAUUUCACACAAAAUAAAACCAGAAACUCAAAAUAAGUGAUACUCGUAAGCAAACUCGACUGUGCACUAAAUUUGUUAUCAUGGAAAUAGUAUUACGAUCGCUAUUGUUGUGAUUGUGGGUGGGAGUGAGAGGUGUGGAGGGGAGGGGAGGGAGUGAGAGAGAGAGAGAGAGGCCCGCGACUUCAACUGGAUCUUACCUCUAUUGGUUGGUUUUCUCGAAUACUGCCCGUGUCUGUGUUUUAUCCGGCAAACGACUUGUCUAAUCUACAUUUAGCAGCCCACAAGACUGAAUGGCUCCUCUAUUAUCUUGCGUUGCUCACGUUUCGUUUCCAAAACACACACCACCACACACACACACCUACUCUCACUUACACAUAUACACACACACACACUCACAGGCCGUCCGAUUCUGGUUAGUGGUCGUCGAUCGAUGCGAUGCGUUCAACUUUGUUUGCCAUAAUCGAGUACUAUGUCAAAAAUCGCUGACUGAAGUAUUUGUGUGAUUCCCAAAGAAUAUUAACUUUAUAAAUAUAUGAAAUAUAUUAAUAUAUUAUAUGAAUAUAUUAAACGAUAUAUACAAGAUUAUAUUUUCUGUUUCUAUGAGAAAGAAAUGUGUAUUAUACAUCAGCUUGCAUAACCGAUGUGUACAAACAAUAAAAUGUAGAAUUAAUUGUAUACAAGACUAUACAAACAUGAACAACUACCAUCCUGAUUAUUGGUCGUACAAUAAGAUCAUUUAUUUGAGAAACUAAUUGAUUGUAGUGUUUGGUUUGUGGAAGUUUUAUUUAUGUUGACGUGGGUACAACAGCAUUGCUUAUGAUUAAUGCUUAGAAAGCUGUACUUGUGUACUUCAUUUAUUUCUCCAAAAUAAUUAAGUUAUUUUUGUUUACCUAGAAAUAGAUACAAGAACAACAAUGUUCUAAUCACUUAUGACAACCUUAUUUCUGGUGUAUAAGGUACAGAAAGCAAGUUUGCAAGAAUUAAUUGUUUGACUAGUUUUCAUAUACUUUUUAUUUCAAAAGUACAGUAUUUUUUAGAGUUGAUGAAGAUUUUGUACUAUUCUAUUCAUAGUCAAUUGUUUGUAUAAGCUGUAAAUCUUUUUGAAAGCUUAUCAAGAUAUUGUUGCGAUUCUAUUAUUUAGUUUCAGGACGAUAAUUGCGUAAAUUGCAUAUUUCUUAUAUGAAAAAUGUAUUACAAUAUCAUCAUCUUGCAACUGAAUAAGGUCUGAUGGCAUUUGACAAUAUCUUGGUGUGCAUUCAAUAACAGUGCAACAAUAUCAAUCGUAAUACUAUGUAAGUCUAAUUUAUUUACCUAUAUUUUUUAUCAUUAUUGAACAUUGUAAAAUAUUGUUGAUUGUCGGAGAUUAGUCAUUAAAUAUUAUUGAAAAUGUAUAAAGGUAUGUCAGUGUAUUCUUUUUUAAGAAAUAAUUCUAUUUAUUGAGUAUCAAAUACUCUUGUUUAAUUCUUCUAAUUGUUGAAAGUGAAUGAGGGAUACAAAGAAUUAUUAUUUCUAACUUUGUAUUGAAACUUGAAUGGAUUAUUUUGUUCGAUAACUGCAUUGUCUACAUCUAUUACUGAAACUGCUUUAUCUCUUCAAGGUGUAUUAGAUCGAUAAAUAUUUAACAUUAAAAUGACGUUGAUGUGUUAUUAAUUUCUUUCUCACCACAUAUAAAGUUUAUUUUUGUGUCACUUGAGAAAUCCUUUCUCAUUUUUGUCCAUUGUACAUAGAAUGAAUGCAUAUGUGGCUGUCUGAAAAAUACAAGCACUUCUACAAAUUUCGAUAAUAUGUUUGGUUUCUAUCAACCAAUAAGGUGAAGUGUCAUGAAAAUCGUUGAAAUAGGUGUUUUUCAGAACUGAAUCCAUUUCUUCCACAAUAUAUUUCCUAUUUCUUAACUGUAGUUUGUGUACAUCCAAUAUUGAUUUUUGUGAUAAUUUCGAACUAUUUUCUUUUUUAGUACAAAAGAAUAUUUGGCUUUGAAUAGUAAACUAUUAUUUAAGAACAAUUGAAUAUGCUAACAUACAUAUUUGGAAUUACUGAAGAACGAAGAUUUUCUUGAAUCUUGAAGCAAAUCAGUGAAAUCUUUAGGAAAUUGGAAACCAUAUAUUUAUAAAACGUGUAAAUUAUUUUACAUAUAAUAAACUAGAGAGUUAGUGUUUGGACUAUCGAGUGAUGUAUAUUAGUAAUCGGCAAUUGUUAAUAUGUUUAAAGUAUUAAAAGAAAAUUUGUUUCUGUAAAUAUUUUCUAUCAUUUUGUACCUGAAGCAUUAACAUCUCAGUAAUUAUAAAUGUUAUAAUGGAGAAAUAUCAUAUUACUGUAAAAUAUAUAUGAACUGUGGGAUAAUGAGUGGUUUGUGGUCUGUGGUUUCAAAUGUUGGACAAGGGAUGUUAGUAAAUCUAUAGUCUAGAUUGCUGAUGUAUUAAUGAAUGAGAAUAAUCAUUUCUACUACAUAAUUACAAUAAUUGUAGGAAACUCCCUGUUUUGUGAAACAUGAAAUUGCAUUCAUACAUUUAUAACUAGGCGUCUAGAGUAGGUUGGAGUAAAAAUUGCAUUUUUUAUAAUUAAACAAAAAAGAUCAUUCGUAAUAUUGUACAUUCUAUGUCCUAAAUCAUCUUCUGGCCUUCUAUUAUUGACGGUACAUGGUUAGUUUAUGAUAAUGGUGGUGUAUAUGUGUUAUUUAACAAUUUCAAAUGAAGAGUGUUUAUUGACUGCCUUCAAGACAAUUGCCUUCUAGUUGAAUCUGUUGAUAAAUGUUUAUAAAUGGGUUUGUAAAUAAACUACACAUUUCUUUUUCAUUGUAAAUAUAAAUCUAAAAACAAUAAAAGGAACCGUUUGGUUGGAA